AUGGUGGACAUGGAGGUAAAUAUAGUUUGCAAAGAUACUAUCAAACCCGUAGCUGCUUCCUCGUCACUUCAUUCCCAUCAAAAACCUUGCAAGCUUUGCAUCUUUGAUCAGCUCAUUCCAACAACUUAUGUGCCUAUGCUUUUCUUCUACCCCAUUAUUGACCCCAACUUCAACGUACCCCAGACCCUAGCCCAUUUGAAAACCUCACUGUCACAUACCCUUACUCAGUACUACCCAUUUUCCGGGCGGACCAAAAACAACCUCUAUAUUCAUAAUUUUGAUGCUGGUGUCCCCUACCUAGAGGCCCGAGUCAAAUGUCACAUGUUUGAGUUAUUUGAGCUUCAAGAAAUCGAGUUGCUCAACCGGUUUGUUCCGUUCCAUCCAUUUCGCAAGGAAACUGGAUCUCCUGAUCUGUUGCCCUUGAUAGCAUUUCAAGUCAGUGUUUUUGCUUGUGGUGGGAUAUCAAUUGGGGUCUCUCUGUCUCACAAGAUAUUUGACGCACAAACGGCAAAUAUUUUCCUCAAGUCUUGGGCUUCUGUUUUUCGUAGGGAUCAUGAAGAAGCAAUACAAUCAAACCUUAAUCUCUGCCAAGCGUCAUCAACUUUUCCAGCAAGUGAUAAUUUACCACAAAAAUAUCUUAGUUUCAUGGAGAGCACGUGGUUCGAGGAAAAGAAGUAUGUUACAAGGAGAUUUGUGUUUGAUGCUAAAGCCAUAGCCACAUUACGUGAUAAAGCAAAGAGCGAGCUUGUGCCCAAUCCAACUCGUGUUGAGACACUCACUUGUUUUCUUUGGAAACAUGCAACAUUUGCUUCUAGACAUGGUGGUACAUCACGAAGAGCAUCCGUAGUAGCACAUGCAGUGAACUUGAGGCGGCGACUGAAGCCACCAAUGCCAGAUGACGCCAUUGGAAAUCUAUUUUGGUGGGCUACUGCAGUCUACAACCCUACUGAUAAGGCAGAGACUACUGAUGAGUUGUGUGAUUUGUUGAAGAUAUUACAUGAAUCUCUCAAUGGACUUGACCAUGAUCAUUUUUUGGAUACAUUGCGCGGAGAAGAGGGACGUCGAGCCAUUUUUGAAUACCUCGAUCAAUUGUUGGAGGACAUGGAUUCCUUAGAUCCAACACCAGAAAUUUAUGCGUUCACUAGCUGGAUUAAUAUUCUCGAUGAAAUUGAUUUUGGAUGGGGAAAGCCAUUUUGGAUUGGGGUCAUGGGAAAAGUUGGACCUGCCUUUAGGAACCUCACUGUGUUCGUCAAAACACAAAGGGAUAACGGCAUUGAAGCAUGGGUGACCAUGGAUGAAAAGCAAAUGUCUAUAAUGGAAAAAGAUCCUCAAUUUUUAGCAUUUGCUUCUCCAAACCCGCGCAUUUUAAAUGUAUGACGUGCGUAUACAUGUUCAUCUAUACAUAUGGGAUAUAUAUGCAUGACGAAUGAUUUAGAAACAUACUAAAAUGAUUGUGAUGAUGAACAAAUAAUUUUCGAGUGUAAUAUUCCUGCGUUCUGAUAAACUAUCUGCCAUGGCCUCCGAAUA